AUGUACACACAAAUCUGGGAGCUCUCGAAAAACAUGAAAUGUGUUUUAAAAACAUUUUUGCACUCGCAACCUGAUGGUGAACCUGGGGAGCGUGGGCCCUUUGGGGAGCCGGGGGAAAAAGGACAAGAAGGAGAUUCUGGGCCUCAAGGACCAGCAGGAAUACCUGGAAAACAGGGCUUUCGGGGACCAGAAGGAAAACUCGGUCCUCCAGGGAACAGGGGACGCCAUGGAAAGAAGGGGGAGAUGGGUCCUCCUGGUCUUGUUGGUGAGAUUGGUUCUCGGGGGGACAUCGGCCAACCAGGAGAGCCAGGGCUGAAAGGUGCCCGGGGAACUCGAGGGCCACCCGGUCGACCAGGAGCCAUGGGGGUUGAAGGACAGCCUGGACUGCCAGGAUAUCCAGGGCACCCUGGCAAACCUGGUCCGAUUGGACCACCAGGACCCAAAGGUGAAAAGGGCUAUCCUGGCGAGGACAAUACGACUCCAGGACCACCAGGGCCCUUAGGUGAACCAGGGCCUCCAGGAGAGCGUGGAGAACGUGGAGAGCCAGGAGACGAAGGAUACAUGGGUCACAUUGGUAUUUCUGGAGCUCGAGGAAGAGUAGGACCACCAGGUCCGCCGGGACAACCUGGUCAGCCUGGAGAAGCUGGUGUUAAAGGAGAAAAAGGACCUCCAGGCUCCGCUGGAAGGAAAGGAGCAAGGGGUCUGAAUGGAGCUCCUGGUGCUGAAGGCCCAGCUGGUAUACCAGGACUUAGGGGACUUAAGGGUUAUCCUGGGCCAGAUGGCCCGCCGGGACUGAUGGGGUUACAAGGCCUACCAGGAAAACAAGGAAAACAGGGUCAGAGAGGCUUGCUGGGAGAAGAGGGGCCUGCUGGACGUCCAGGUCCCAGGGGAGAAAUCGGACUGCCUGGAGUACCCGGAGAAAGAGGACUAUCUGGUCUGAAGGGAGAACUUGGCCUGCCUGGAGAAAGGGGAGUUCCUGGAAACAAAGGGAUGAAGGGGGCUGGAGGUGACCAAGGCAAGAAAGGUGAUCCAGGACCUAAAGGGCAGCCAGGAGAGUCUGGAGAUUUGGGAAUGAUUGGUUUACACGGCUUUCCUGGACUCAAAGGCCCUGACGGUGACUUGGGAAUGAGAGGCAUCCCUGGCCCUAAAGGUCCUGCGGGUUCCUUGGGAUUUGCUGGACCUGUAGGCCCUGAGGGAAUGAUUGGUCCAUUCGGCAAACCUGGCCCAAGGGGUCCAAAAGGAAACAGUGGAGAAAUGGGUCCUCAAGGACCGCAUGGAAGUCCAGGACCACAGGGCCCCCCAGGGCCCCCUGGCCCCACGAGAUACAUUUAUGAUGACUCAGAUGACGAUGCUGCCCUCAGGACAGAGGCUUUUCAGAACAUUGAAAUGAGCUUGCCGCACCAAAAUAUGGAGAUACUUAAGACCCUGCGUUACCUGAGUGGCGUGAUUGAGAGCAUCAAGAAGCCUCUUGGCACAAAGGAAAAUCCUGCUCGUGUCUGUAAAGACCUCCUGGACUGUCGGCACUUACAACUCAAAGAUGGUUGGUUCUGGAUCGAUCCAAACCUUGGCUGUACUUCCGAUGCCUUCAAGGUCUUCUGCAACUUUACUGGAGGUGGACAGACUUGUUUGCACCCAGUGGCUUCCAAUAAGCUGGAAUUUGGGGUCGGGAAAGUCCAGAUGAAGUUUCUUCAUUUAUUGAGUUCUGAAGCAAGCCAAAAUAUCACGUUUCACUGUUUGAGCGAUCCGGUCAACUACUCCAAAGACAAAUUCAGCUCCACUGGAUCCAUGCAAAGAGAUGAAUCUAAACCCCGGUUUAUUGGUUGGAAUAGACAUAUAAACCCUGACACACUACUUGAACCCACUCUGAUUCAGGAUGAGUGCAAGAUUCAAGAUGGCAGCUGGCACCAGUCACAUUUCUUCUUCCACUCUCAGGACAGUCGUCGGUUACCUGUUGUAGAAAUCCAGGAAUUUCCUCCUUCACUGCUUCACUAUCAGCAACACAUAGAAAUUGGGCCUGUCUGCUUCCUCUGACCCCAACGUGGUUCUUUAACCAACUUAUGAACAACACAAGUCCAAAGACGCUCAAACACACCUUCCUUUAAAAGAGACGCUUCCUCAGUUAGAAUAAAGGACUGGUUCCAGGGAGCUGGGUGUUUUUUUAAUCAACAGAGUUAUUGAGACUUUGUGAGAAUAAUUAAUUCCAGGUGCUGAUAACUUAUAGUUGGUGGAACAUUUCAUGCUAGCCAGGCCAAAGGAGAACUGUGCUUACAGAUGUUUAUAAUCCCAGUGUAAACUACAGUUAGUCCCCAAACAGGGGGAAGCAUCUCCCAACAUAGCAGCCUAUCCAAAUUCCUAACCUUAAACAAAAAGCAGAGGCCGCCCCAUCUUAUGCAGGAUUCAGACCAGAAGGAACAUGCCAGGAUUCUUCCCUCGGCACUGUCUUUACUACAGUGUAUAAAAGUGCAAUGGUUUGUGAAUCCUAUGUGACUGCUUUUAAAUACAGAGGCCCACCUGUGGCAGUAUUUUACCAGCCCUGUCUUUUUCUGUCUUUGUUCUUACCAAGUUGGACUCCGACAUCUUGGCAAAUGGUGCUCUACCUCUACCCGGUUAUUUGCCUUUGUCUCCUAGUCUAGUCGCUACUGUCAAAUAGUCUUUAACUUUGUGUGUAUGUACCGGUUACAUCAAGAUUUGUUUUGUGUGUUAUACGAGUACUUAUGUUGAUUUGGUCCUUUUUAAUUUAUGAACCAAUUUUUGAUACCCAACACAUUUUGUUUAGCUUUUUUCUUUUUGGUUGGUCCCUGAACUUACCAUUGGUGCUGCAACAAACAACGAGUCAUCAAUAUUUCCUGUGUAUAUAUUGUCAACUUAUUUUUUAUUUAUAAUCUUUUUUUUUUAUUCAUAUUGUUGUAGCAUGGUAAGUUAUAUUCUCAGAUGAACUGUUUGGCCGAUCACAACUCAGUUAUUUAUGUCUACACGGUACAUUUGAGAGUUCACUCCUUCGACUGUUUGUCAAAAUGUUUGUCACAUUCAAAGCUGGGUUGCUAACUGGCAGCUAUAUUUGGCCAGAGUCAAACAGUCCAAUAUACUUAAGUUAUAUUACCUUCGCUGAAAGUGUUUUCUAAAGUUUAUGGAGGGUGGAAAAACUGUAAAUAAAAACUUGACAAAUAAAUAAAUGAUACAUUUUAACAC